GACAUGUACUCUUUUUAACCUAUGCGGGGAACGUCCGGGAUAGUUUUUGCUAAUUGUCCGGGAUUGUCCUCUUUUCAUCACCAAAAAAAAGUUGUUUAAUAUUCUUUAUGUAUUUCCUAUUCUUAAACCCAAUCGCGACUAAUAAGAUUAAAGAAAUAAACAGAACCAAUCAUUUUGAAAGAGAAAUUCAAAACGAACAGAAUUUCAUUGAACAGAAUUUACACAAACAGAAUUUUUUGGCUGUCAAACGUCAAUGUCAUCUUUUUCAGUUGGUGGAUUGGAUUUGCACCUAAAUGUUUUUGUUUUUCAUUUAAUUUUGUGGGCGUAAAGAAAACAAAUUUUUUAUUAUAAAAGAGUGUUAAAGCUGCUCACAAUGCCAAGACGAAAAUGUACUUUCAAUGAAGAUUUGAGGACAAAGUUUACUUCUUUUAAAAAAGGAAAAUACGACUGGGAGGUGUGCUGCUCCAUUUGUAAUUGUACAAUUUCAAUUGCAAAUAAAGGUAGAAGGGACAUCGAAGAUCACGUUAAGUCCGAAAAACAUUCCAAAAAUUUACGAGCGUCAACAUCGUCAGCAGCGUUGGAUUCGUUUGUUGUAAGGCGACCGGCAGCUGACCAAAAACAUUUAAAGGCAGCAGAGGCAACAAUUGCAUACCACACUGUUUUUCAUCACCAAUCAUUCAAUUCACUCGAUUGCACCAUCAAAUUAAACCAAAAGAUAUACUUCGACUCAAACAUUUGCAAGCAACUGUCCUGUGCACGAACUAAGGCUACUGCAAUAAUCACCAACGUUAUUGCCCCUUUUUCUAUAUCACAGGUACUAUGUGAUUUAAAAACAAUUGCUUUUAUAAGUGUUCAAACAGAUGCUAGUAACCAUUUAGCCUUGAAAAUGUUCCCUGUUUUAAUAAGAUAUUACGAUUUUAAAAAUGGUGGAACUAAAAGCAAGAUUCUGAAUCUUGCAUUCGAAAAAAAUGAAAAAUCCGACACUAUAACCCAGCUGAUUGUAGAAACUCUUACAAAAAAUAAUUUAUUAACAAAAUGUAUUGGGUUUUGUGCUGAUAACUGCAAUACCAACUUCGGUGGCCGACAGAGGAAAGGUUCGAAUAAUGUGUAUUCGAAGUUGAAAUUAUUAGUAAACCAAAAUAUGAUCGGUGUAGGCUGCCCACCACAUGUAUUGAACAAUGCAAUCUUUCACGGAUGUGAUACUCUCCCCGUUGAUGUUGAUAUAAUCAUUGUUAAAAUAUAUAACUACUUCUCUAUAUAUACUGUCAGAACGGAAAGACUUCGAGAUUUUGCUGAAUUCCUUGACAAUGAAUACAAGCCACUUUUAUACCAUUCAAAAACCAGGUGGCUUUCUUUAUAUCCUGCAGUUGAACGCCUUUUGCUCAUGUUUGAAGUCUUAAAAUCCUAUUUCGAAGAAGUUGAGAACCCACCAAAAAUAUUGAUUGAAUUCUUCAAAGAUGAUUUGAGUGAGGCGUAUUUAUUUCUAGUUCAUUCUCUUAUGUCUAUUUUUAAUUUUAAUAUUCAAGAUAUAUCUAUUAUUGAGACCGUGAAUGUUUUACAAAAUAUUGUAAGCAAUAUACAAGAGCGAAUCAAUAGUAAUUUUAUUCCUAUUAAAAUUAAGUCUAUCAUGAAAAAGCUUGUUGAAUCUGGUUUACAAGAAAAAUUAGCUCGACCAUGUGAGUUUGGCGAUUUUUUGUCGGCAGCCCUUCGUGAUCGGUUAAUUUGCGGAUUAUAUAACGAAAAUAUACAAAAAAGAUUGCUUUCGGAAGAAAACAUCUCAUUUGAAACGGCGUGUACUAAAGCUAUCAGCAUGGAAGUUGCCUUGAUCGGAACGAAGGCAAUGCACCACGAUGAUGCUGUUGCAGCUGUUAAAUCGUCUAAAAAGCCACAAUCUCAAGCUAAGUGUGGCCGUCAACAUAAUCCAUCAACCUGUCCUGCACAGCACUGGAAGUGUUUCGCAUGGAAUCAAAAAGGACAUACAUCGAAAGUAUGCAGAAAAGGGUGUUUAAAGGAAAAAACUUCAAAGCCAAUAAGGAAAGUCGGAGACUCGGAGUCAUCAGAUGAGUAUACGGAUGAUGCACUCAAUUAUGUAAACACAGUCGUAAGUCAAAUUGGUAAGGACGUUCCAAUUUUAUCUGAGAAAACUAUUGUUUGUCAAGAGAUUCUUGAGAAUCUUACUGUAAGCAAAAUUAGUCCAUUGUUGGUGACCAACUAUAAGUUGGCAACGCUGUGCAAGUAA